CCUGGGCCGAGGCUCUACGAGAAGGAGAAUUUCCUGGAUCAGGUGAAGGGCCAUCGCACGAAGCUCUCGAACCGGGGCGGGGAGGCCCUGACGGUGACCGGCAAGCUCGCCAAGACGGGCCACGCGCGGUACACCGGCAACGUCUCGAAGUUCUACGCGAGAAAUGGUUUUGGCCUGAUCAACUUCGGGGGGAAGCAGAUCCGGUUUUUCACCCAGUCCGUGCCCGAGGAGUACCUGCGCGAGAACCUCGGGAAGGUGCCUCUCGGCGCACCGGUGGAGUUUUCCAUCUACCAGGUGAAGACGGACAACUUUAGCGACGGGGUGCGCGGGAACGACAUGGAGAUCGCCGACAAGCUGUACUUCCCCGCGAGGCAGACGCUGGACGUGCUGGGCCUGGACGCGGACAUCCUCGAGGGAGCGGCCAGGGCGCUGGGCUGCGACCCGCGCGAAAACCUCGACGCCGUGUCCCUCAUCUCGCCGGCGCCCGUGCAGGCGCAGUGCAUCCCGAGGAUCCUCGAGGGGGAGCAGCUCGUGAUCGCCGCCGAGACAGGGUCGGGCAAGACGCUGGCAUACGUGCUGCCACUGCUGCAGAUGGUGAAGGACGCCAAGAACGCCACGCCCAUGAACUACGGGCUCGACGUGCACUCGGAGUCGCCGUUCGCCGUGGUCGUUUGCCCAACCCGCGAGUUGGCCAUCCAGACGUAUCGGGUGAUCAAGCUGGCCUCCUACCAUUGCGACGUGCGCGUGCGCCUCGUGCACGGUGGCAAGGAGACCUGGAAGCAGCAGAUGAACCGCAUCGGUGGGAUAUACGACAUCAUCGUGUGCACCCCACACCGCCUCUUAGCAUUUCACGAGCAGGGGCUUGUCAGUUUCAGCAGGACACGAUGGGUGUCCAUCGACGAGGCAGAUUUCCUGCUGACGCAGGGCUUCGAAGAUCUCGAGAUGCUGCUUCAGGCUAUCGAGAGAGAAGCCUUGGGACUGAACGCCUGGCAAAAGUUCAGGGAUGAUGAGAAGCUCAUCCAUUACACCCUCGUCACAGCGAGCAUUACCAAGCCGUUGUGGGCGCUGUUCCAGAGCGAUAAGCGGUGGCGCAAACUACGGGUUCUCGAGUCGAAGGCGCUCCACUCUCCGCAAAACAGUUGCAGUCAUUCGUUCUUGAUGACGAAAGGCAGGGACAAGCUGGAGAUGCUGGUUGGCUUGAUGGCCCCUGAGCUGUGUGGACGGAUGGAAUCGCGGCAGACGCUGAUCUUCUGCAACAACAUUUCAUCUUGCAAGUCCGUCUCGUACCAGCUGCGGGAGGCCUUCAUCAGGGACAGGAACAACCAGUACAUCGGCACCCUCCACAAGGACAUGCCCUGUGAGGAGCGAAUGGUCGUCAUGGGAAAGUUCGCGCGGGGCGAGUACAAGACGGUGGUGUGCACAGACAUCGCCCAGCGGGGCCUGGAUCUGCCCGACUGCGGUCACGUCGUCAACUUCGACUUCCCCAUGAACUCGAUCGACUACCUCCACAGGGCCGGACGCACGGCCCGGUACGGCGAGUCGGGCAAGGUCACAAGCCUCGUGCGGCUGAAGGACAAGACGCUUGCCAAGGCCAUCGAGCGGGCCUGCCAGCUGGGGAAGCCCAUCGACAACUUGACCAGUGACCGGCGAGACUACCUGCGCGGGGGUGCGCUGUACGACAUCAUCAAGCGGAACCCGAACGCCAGUGGCAAGGAGCGGGGCCUUUUGCCGCCGCGGCCCUACGCCGGCAGCCUGCGGUGAGCGCGAGCGCGCGUCUGUUUCCGCUGUUUCGGGGUCGCGCACCAAAGGUCACGCUUGCCCUGGGUCACUCUUACGUGUAGCCGACAUCGUCAGAUCUCCGCCUUCUCGACUCAGAGGAGGAAAGGGUGCCCAUACUGCUACCCUUCCCUCGUCUUCCCCUUUUGGUGCCUACUGGGAGGCCCUCGUCGCAACCGCUGAAUCCGCAUCGAAAUUCUGGUCAGAGCGCACCCCAGGAGAGGUCCGAGGAGUAGCGGUAUCGGUACCCUUUGGUUUCUCCCGUGGUGUUCCAUCACCGGAUCACCGCUUGCUCUACUCCUCCUCAAGCUCGCAG